AUGUGCGGGACGCCAGACGAGCUGAUCGCCCGGUUAAACCACAUCGGAACUAAAGGCUACCAGCUUUUGGUCCUCAAUGAGUUAGCACGGCUCAACGAUGUAUACUUCUCACUCUCCGAUGGCAUUGUCAACCGGCCAGACCCACUCGUAAUAUUCAACCAAGUCGAAGUCAGAACCGAGCUCUUAGAGCAACUCCGAUCAAAACGUUUCCCUAGCCUCAGACGCCAAGUCAUCGCCCUUUCGAAUGCACUCACCAGUCCGACCGAUCGUCGGAACGAUCCAGCUUCCAAACUUGAGCGCUGCCUCAAAAUCUUGCACAAGAUCGAUCCCAUCCUGAACAAAAUCAAAUUUGCCAUCGCUUGCAUCGACCCAGGCAUAGACCCACGAGAAGUGACUCACGACCAGGACUUCAAAGGAGCAAAACAAUCGACUGCCUGCCGUCUCGAGCUAAUCACCAAGCUGGUCACCCACAACAUUUGCGAGUGGCUUAAUUUCUCUCGUCUUUCAAUCGAAUCCUCCGGACACGACUUCGCCCUCCACCACCCUCAGAAGAGGACCGAAUUACUCAAGCUCGCUCAUAGCUGCACCGGCAUCAUCGACCACGGACUCGAGUUCCUCAAUCAAUCCGAACUAGACUCCAUCCAAGCCGAGUGGCGAGCGGACUUAGCAGCUAUCGAUCUCGCGCUCAACAAGUUCCUCAGAUUCAUCAAGCGUCCCUACCCACCACGACCCAGCGGCCAAACUCGCCCCCAAAUAUCGGUGAUCGCAGUCAUCAGAUUAGCCAGAAUAUUCUACGCAAAGCUACUCCAGAUGUCCACUGAUAGAUGUCACUUGAGCAUGUCCACACGUCUGAAUUCCAGGGAGCUCGAUGUGUUUGCUGAAAAUAAUAACACGUUUUCUGAAAGGAUCGAGAAGCUCGUCAAGGCGAUUGCCCAGGAGGAUAAUUACGGAGAUCGCUUCCAAGAUUUUAUGACGAUUAAACAGUCAAUCAUCGAUCUUCAAAAUGCCCCGCAGAAGAUCUUCUCGAUGAUCGACCACAUUUUCAUUCCUGUUGCCCGUCAGACUGAUCGUCCUUCUCCCAAGAUAUACUACAAGGCUUGGUUUUAUCAAUUCAACAGCGCCUACCAAUUGGCCAAUAAACACCUUCAAGAGGCUUUUAGGGUUGAUUCUUAG